AGAACUUUGACAGUGACACUGACAAAGACAAAAUAUCAUACCUAAUACAUAACCUCAAAAGAAAAAAGUACUAUUAUUUGUUGCUGUACGAAAUAAGUUAAAUUUGUGAAGUAUUAUAUCCUAAACCAAAUUCGUUUUGAAAUAAAUACCACGAUUGAUUCAGAAACGGCACGUGAACAAAGAAGAGUUGGAAUCCUUACAACGACUACGGCAAAGUUAAACGCAUAAAAUGAAACUCAUAACCCAUAACAUGUUAACAUCAAAGUGUUUAAAAGGUGUAAUGACUGGAUACCCACUGGCUAUUAACGCUACAGAUGUGAAGGUAAAGGAAGUAGAUUUUAAUCCAGAAUUCAUAACACGAGUCAUUCCGAAAUUGGAUUGGGAAGUACUCUGGGUUGCUGCCAAUAGCAUUGGUCAUGGUGAAGGACUACCCAAAACUUUAGAACCCAAAUUUGAAGAAGAUGAAGAUUUAUUGAAAAGAGUUCAUAAAGUUUUGUUAGAAGUAGAAGUUGAAGAAGGAAACCUUACAUGUCCUGAGUCCGGGAGACAAUUUCCGAUAUCAAAAGGAAUACCAAAUAUGUUACUAACAGAAGCAGAAGUACAAUGAGCAAAUGUUAGACAAAUUUUGGUUUUAAGUGUUACUUUAAGUAUGAUUUUAAGUUUAGGCAUAUGUACAGUCUAUUGAAUGUUAUACAGUAUUGUGUUUGAUCACAAUAAAAAAUGCCACAUUCUGAA